AUAUCAAAUUCUGACCAUGUGCAUAUGUUAGUUACCCUCAAUUCCCAUCCUAGCAAGCAUGGCCGGCUCCUCCUCUCUUGCAUCGCCUCACUCACUGCUGCUACCACUCCUCCUUCUUUUCCUCCUCGUUGCCGCUGCCAUAGGCAGCUACGACCCCAAGGCGUUCUGCUCCAAGACGACAGACAUAGCAUCGUGCCUUAGGGUGUUCCCGACACUCCCAGACAUCGUCACCAAGGCGCAGGACAACAAAGAGUUGUACAAACGGCUGGUCCGCUACUGCUCUUUCAAGACCUACGAGGCCACGUCGCUCGCGGAAUCCAUGAUUGCCACCACCACCGCUGCCGACCCCAAGAUCAGCGCCCCCUUCUUCCCGCAGUGGAAAAGGGACGAGGCGAUGACGACAAAAACACCUCCAGGCAAGUGCCUCCUGAGCUGCAACAAGACCAUCGGCGAAGUUGACGCCAUCCUAACCUGCGGACACACCUACAUGGAAGACAGGCCCCCCAUCAUCCACCAGAACCUCACCGUCUUGUUCCAUGGCGGCCACCCGCCGUCACUCUGCAAGAGUGGAUGCCUUGACGGCUCGUCGUCAGAGGGUGAGGCCCUCCUCGCCACCAAGUUCAACUAUAUAUGGAGCUUGUUGGAUCUCAUGAAAGCUGUCCUACCGGAAUAUCUUUCUGAGACUGGGACUGCGACGACGACGGUACCAUCUCCCUACGUCGCUGCUGCGGCGGCCCCGGCGCCAUGAGCAACUACAAGCAUGCAGUCCCUUCGAUUCGAUCGACCAGACCACAACAGUGCAGUGCUCUUGGAAUCCCUAUAUACACGCAUAUACUAUGUAUCUAAGAAAUAAUCAAGAUUUCACAGAGAGCAUUUAAGAAUCAUGUUUCACUAAUUGUUGCAGUAUAUAGUAGCCCAUUUAAUUUCAUCCAUCAGUUAGUGUUCUAAUUCUUACAGUGGAAUUGGAUGUUCACCCCUCAAGUACAUACACAUACUUGCUUCCCUAUCACUCAAAUAGUUACAAAAUGUUCUGAAAAAUAAUUAAAGCAUUUAUACAGCAAGCAUAUAUCAUAACCAAACUUAUGUUUUUUUUUUGGCAUGUAAAGAUUGAAUUUAGUUUUUUAGGCAUAAUUGUAUUCUUGCCUUUAAUUACUUGCUGCAAUUGUGAUUUU